AGAAAAAGCAGUAGUGAUGUGCACUAAAUCUCUCAAUAUAUAGUCAAUUCUGUAUUUCCAUGAAAUGUUGUGAAGGCUGAGAAUAAUGGGAAAUUCCCCGAGCAUCGUAGCGGUGGAGAAUGAGAGAGAAGCCAAGGAGCAAGUGAAGAAUAGUAGUAGUAGUAGUAGUAGUAUCAUAGAAGAGAAGUGGAUAAAGCAUUACAGCAGCCGCCAUAGCAUACUCUUGGUCGGAGAAGGAGACUUCUCCUUCUCCGCUUGCCUGGCCCGGGCUCUCGGCUCUGCUGCCAACAUCAUUGCUACAUCCCUUGAUUCUCAAGAAUUUCUCAUGAAGAAUUAUGGGAAUGCUAUGUCCAACAUCGAAGAAUUAAGGAGGAGAGAGGGCAAGGUGAUGCAUGAGAUCGAUGCUACGAAAAUGGCGAAUCAUGAGUUGCUUGGACACCUUAAAUUCGAUCGCAUAAUAUACAACUUUCCUUACGCUGGAAUGUUCGACAAGAGCAUGCCACGCGAAACCCAACUUAGUCUUCACAGGGAACUGGUGAGCAAGUUUCUGAUGAACGCGAAGAAUAUGAUAAGUGAGAAUGGUGAGAUUCACGUUUCGCAUAAGACGAAUAGUUUCCACGCGGACUUUAUGAUCGAAAGCAUUGCUUCUUCGCACGGGCUCAGGCUCAUAGAGGCGGUGAAAUUCAACCGUGGUGAUUAUCCAGGCUACAAAAACAAGUACGGAUUUGGGGGUGAUGCCAACUUUGAUUGCAAACUUAGCUACACCUUCAAAUUCGGUCUUGAAUAAGUAAUGCCUUUUGAUUUCUUUGUGUUGUUAAGUUUUGUGCCAAUGUAUCUUAAUGUAGUAGUAUUACGUAUUAGGGACUCUUGGUUUUUGAUGUUUUUGAAAUAGUAUUAAGGGAACUCUUUUGUAUGCUAAAUGUUAGUAGUGUAAAUCGAUAAUUUGUAACGAAAUGUUUGUCUUAAAA